AUGAAUCGUUCUGACAUUUCAAUCAUUUUACAUGAGCUCAAUUUAAAUGAAAAUUCUGUAGCAAAUAUUUAUAAUUAUGGUUCAUGGGUAUAUGGUACCAAUACUCCUACAUCUGAUCGAGAUCUUAUGAUUGUAACUCGAUCAACUGAUAAAGAUCCAUUAAAAUUUGAUCCUGAUUUCGAUUAUUUUCAUCAAUUUGAAUUACAUAAAUUAUGGAAUAAAUAUGAUGUUUGUAUUCAUAGUGUUGAAAAUUUUGAAAUACUUUUACAAAAAAAUUAUUUAUUAGCUAUUGAAUGUAUAUUUCUACCUAAUGAAUUUAAAAUUAAAGAAGAAAUUGAUUUUCGACCAAUUUAUCUUGAAAAAUAUUAUGAUAAAUUUCGAUUAAAACAAGUUGCAUUUUAUGAAAAUCUCACAGCUAUGAAUAUGUUCAAUGCAAAUAAUAAUAGUUCAUAUUAUCGAAAACGUAGUUCAAGAUCAAGUCAAUCAAACAAAGAUUAUUUAUUUAAAAAUUUAUUUCAUGGUUUUAGAUAUUUAGAUUUUGCUGAACAAUUAAUUCAAACACGUUCAAUACAUGAUUAUAAACGUGUAUCACAUAUAUUUAGUGAAAUGAAAGACAUACGUGGCGAUCCAACAGAUAAUUCAAAUAUAGACAUUGUUUUCAAUCUUGUGGAUAAGUUAAGUAUUGAAUACAAAGCAAAAUUAGAUACACUUGUACCUACAAAUAUUAUCAAAGGUACAUUCGAAGCACAUGUUACAUUUGAUUGUUCAUAUAAUACUGAAGAAAUUGUUGAAAAAUUGGAAAAAGCAUGUGAAAAUACAAAAUAUAAAAUUAUAUUUAUUGACUCGGCUACACAACAACUAGAAGGUGAACAUAUACAAUUAAUAACAUCAUCAUCUUAUUCUGGUGAAUAUCCAUCAAUAGUUAAACAAAUUGAGAAAGAAGUACAUGAACAUUUUAAACAGUUUAAUAUUAAACGUAUUAAAAUAAAAUCAUUAGCAUCAAACGAAGGUGUACCACAAACAGAUAUUGAUAAAAGGCUAUUUUGGAGUAAAAAAACAUAUUAUUUCGAGUUUCAUUAUAAAAUAUUGGUGAAAAAAGGUCGUGGAGAAAAUAAACUAAACAAACUUCGAACUAUCUGUCAAUCAAAUCGUAAAUUUUGUUUACGUGCAUCAUAUAAUGCAUUUAAACAACUAGAUCAAAAACAUUUUCAUUAUACGGUUACAACACGUUUAUUUGAUAGUGAUCGAGAGAAAGCAUUUAAAAGCAAUGAUGCAAUUGUAGAAUAUUUAACAAAAAAUAAUUUUCCACCAUUAGAAACUGUUAGUGAAUUUAUUGUUUAUGAUACGCAUAUAGAACUUGAUAUGCAAUGA